AUGAGGAACAUCAAGGAAACAUGGUUCCCGAGGUCGUUGAGAUUUGAUCCCAACCAAAGAGAUCCUAACUUAUGGUGCGAGUAUCAUGGGACUAAUGGCCACCGGACUGGGGACUAUAGACAUUUGCGCGAGGAGGUGGUGACGUUGUUGAAAUAUGGCCAUCUCAAAGAUUUCUUAAGCGACCGGGCCAAAAUCAAUUACGGCCGCAACCGCGAUAACACAGAUCCCUCGAAGAUAGGUGAAGACCCUCCCCGACAAACCAUCAACAUGAUUUUUGGGGAAAACGAGAUCAACGAUGUGACCUUCUCGGCAGCAAAAAAGACAAAUAUGUCGGUGACUCAUAGCAAAAGACUCUGGGAAGUCGCCGAGAAUGGCAUCACAUUCAUAGAAGAGGAUGCCAACGGACUUCAACUACCGCACAACGAUGCCCUAGUAAUCUCUCUUAACGUUCUCGAUUUUAAAAUCAAACGUGUUUUGGUGGAUCUAGGAAGUUCAUCCAAUAUCAUUCAAUGGAGAGUGCUGGAGAAAGCCAAGCUAACCGGAAGCAUCAUUCCCGCCACAAAGCUCUUCGUUGGGUUCAACUUAGCAAGCUUGACAGCCCGAGGGAAGAUCCUACUGCCCACGAACGUCGAAGGGGGCAUGAAGACUACCUUUUUUGAAGUAGUAGAUGGCGACAUGGGUUACAACAUAAUUCUUGGUAGACCAUGGUUGCACAAGAUGAAGGCCGUGCCAUCAACAUAUCACCAACUUCUAAAAUUCCCAACUCUAGGCGGAAUCAAAAAUAAAUAA